AGGAUCCUGCUGUUGAAACAGCGGAAGAAGCUAAGGAACCAGCAGAGGCAGACAUCAGUGAACUCUGUAAAGACAUGUUUAACAAAAUGGCCACUUAUUUAACAGGUGAACUUACAGCCACCAGUGAAGACUACAAACUCUUGGAAAACAUGAAUAAGCUGACUAGCUUGAAGUACCUAGAAAUGAAAGAUAUUGCUAUAAACAUCAGUAGAAAUCUGAAGGAUUUAAAUCAAAAAUAUGCUGCUCUUCAGCCAUAUCUGGAACAGAUCAACCUAAUUGAGGAACAGGUUGCAGCUCUGGAGCAGGCAGCUUAUAAAUUGGAUGCAUAUUCCAAAAAACUCGAAGCCAAGUACAAAAAACUGGAGAAACGAUGAAAUUACAACAGUCUUUAAGUUGGAGUUGGGCUAUGAGUCAGACUGAUUUCUUUCUAAGUUGCACAACAGCAUUUCUGUAUGUUGACAAGGAUUUGGUUACAGCUAACAUCAAGGCUGGUAACUUUUUCUAUCUAUUGAAUACAGUAGGCUGUAUUCAGGCUUAAGGCUGAAUAAUAUUUUCCUCUUCUCAAGAGGUUCUGUUGCCUCAGUUGUUCUGCAGUGAAAAGUAGAAGCCUGUUCCUACCCCCUGUGUUGAUACUGGCUGUGUGUUAGUCCUACGUCCCACAUGAAAUUAUCUAGGAAAAGCCCUUCAUAACCUAUAAACACAUUAUUCCUUAGUAGCGGCAGGACCUAAAC